ACCUCGCAACCCGUCCCCGGAAGUGGUCCUCAAAGUGCCCCACUUCCGCCAGCUUUUCACUGCCUAUAGAGCUAGAAAAAAUAAGAGCAGUCUCCCUUUAUUUUUUAAAAAAGGUUCUGCAAGUAAGGAAAGGCGGACAUCUUGGAGAUGUACCUAACCCCACCCAGCCAGACUCAUGUUUGGAAAGGCUUCUUGUCGUUGAUUUGAAAUGCAAAUUGUGUUUGUUUGUGGAAUGCGCUCGCUACUCAGGAUGCGUCCCCGAACGAUGCGCGGAUGGAUCCCGCUGAAGGCGCGCAGAAGGAAAGGCGCUUGGAUAUCCGCAACUUGAUCAGUAAAUUACAUCUGUCGCCUACAAUACAAGAGGAGCACGCGCGUUAAAAUCAGACUAUUACAACGAAAACGGGUGAAAUAUAGUAAGAGUUUUCGCCGUGCAUGGAGACCUUAACACAAUGCAAUGAAUUCGUUUGCUGACGCCUUCCAGACCGUUUAUAGAUUUACACGCCAGAGCCCUCCCUAUACAUUUACGCAGAGAGAGGUCGUUAAAUGAGACUGCGUCGCCCUUGGCCCGCCUUCCUGGGAGUAAACCGCAGUGAAGUCCAGGGGACUGGCUUCUGAGCCCUCAGGGCUGCUCUGCCUCGCCGGCUGCUUCUCUUCCCCUUUCUAGCUCUGCGUUGCCCCCUCGCCUGCCCCGCCUCCCUCCCUCCCGCGAACACCUCCUCCCAGUGGCAGCGUCCUGGCCGUCAGCGCGCGUUCCUGAUUGGCUGCGUUGAGUUCAUAUGACGCGAGAGGCGGGGCGCCGCGGUUUUUUGAAUUCGUUCUAAUCGCUGCAGGCUGGGCGAACGGUGCUUUUCGCCAUGUCGUUCCCGAGGGCUCCUCUCAGGCGCUUCAAUGAGGCACAAACUUGUGCCCCAUCGCCAGGCGCUUAUGAUGUCAAAGCUUCAGAUCCAUCAAAAGGACCCGUGUCUUUUGAAAAGUCCCAGCGAUUCAAAGAGCAGAUGGAGGAUGCAGGAAUCCAGCAGAAUGUUACCAGUAUGAAACCUUCAUCAACUGCUGCGAGAAAACUUGACUCAAAAAAUUUAAAGCCAAACAGCUUGGGAAUGAAAGCAGGAAAGGAUUUGGCCAGCAAAAAAGACUUGAAAACAUGCAAGGAGUUGGAAAAGGAGAUUCGGGUGCUGAUUGGAGAACGUGCCCAGCAGGAUAAAAGGCUGCAAGCUUUGGAGGAAGAUCUUGCAAAGUCUGAGUCAAAGCUAUCUGCUGCAAUUAGGGAGAAAACCUCACUUUGUGCGAAUAUUGCUUCUCUGGAAAAGGUGCAGCUGGAGUUGAGCAGGACCAAUGAAUUACUGAAAGCAAAGUUCCAUGAAGAUGGAACACGGAAGAAUACAAGGCUAUGGAUAGAGGUAAUGAAGCUGCAGAAUCUCAGAAAAGCAAAGAAGACAGGCCCUGUUAAACAGGAGGACACAGAAAUGAAACUGAACAAAGUUGAAAAAGACUUGGAGCAUUCACGGGAAAAAGUAGCGCAGCUGGAAGAGCAACUGACAGCAAGUGAAAGGCAAGCUGAAGAGGCAUGUGACUUAGAGAAUCUCCUGGAAUACAUUGCAGAACUUGCCAAUGUUGCAGAACAAGUUGAUAAAUACAAGCAGGAUGUCAUCCAGUUAGAGGCAAUAAUAGAAGCCAAGAAUAAGGACAUUGACACAUUGCAAAAAACUCUUGAAAUGAAAGAAGCAACACUGUCUACAGAAAUUGAAGAACUGCAUAAAAGAUGCAAGUUGCUUGAACAGCAAAAAGAGAAAUGCUUAAUUGAAUAUGGAGAAAAGGAGAAAACGGCAAAUGCGGAGAUAGAUCUUCUGAAAGAAAAACUGAUUCAAGAAGAACAGGAGCGCCAAAAGCAGAAGGAAGCCUAUAAUGAGGCUUCUGCUAGUUUGCGUCAGGGAUUGGAAAGAGAAUUGAGAGAAACCAUGGCUGAGUUGGAGAGACUGCACGCUAAAGAAGACCAAGUUGAGAUGGUGGUGAAACACUUGGAAAAUGUGAAGGAAUCCCAAGCUGAGAAGCUAGCAGCGCUGGAAGCAGAACUGAGAGGGAAAACUGAAGAGUUUGAGAGAUUAGCUUUAUUGCGCAGAAGUACCGUUGUGAAGAUGCAAGAAGAGCAUAGCGAUACUCUGUGUAGGCUUGGGGAGGCAGUUGCUGAAUUUGAAAAUUACAAAGCUUUUGUGGUCCAAGAAAUGACAUGCCUAAAGCAACAGAAAACAGCCCUGCAAGACAGAUUACUUGAGAUGAGCAAAACUGUUCAGGAUGUGACCCAAAAGAUGGAAGAUGCUCAGCAUGCCAAAGACAUGGCGCAGGAAGAAAAUGCAAGGAUGAUUCUGGAUGCCCAAACAAAUGUAGCAUUAAAAGAUGCAGAAAUAAAAAGAAUCAAAGAAUCGAGUAUUGUGGAAAUUGCUAAUCUGCAAGCAAAACUUGAAGAGCAAAGUGAAGAUUUUAAAAAACAACUUGAAAUAGAAAGGAGAACUGUUGCUGAAAAAGUUGAAGCUGAUUGCAGAGAGAGCCUGGAAAGAUGGCGUACCCUGUACGAAGACCUGCUUAAUAAAGUCAAACCCUUUCAGAAACAACUUGAUGCAUACGAGGCAGAAAAGAAUGCCCUUUUGAAUGAGAAUGGUGCCGCCCAAGAAGAGCUGAACAAACUUAGCGACGCAUAUGCCGAGCUGUUGGGCCAUCAGAACCAGAAGCAGAAAAUCAAGCAUGUAGUGAAACUGAAAGGAGAGAAUGCACAACUGAAACAGGAGGUAUUAAAACUACGAUCUCAAGUAGCAAAGGAAAAGAAAGUUCGGGGAGAGCUCGAGGACCAAAUGAAUGCGAUUCAAGGUGUCAGGCGAUUCGAUCCUUCUAAAGCUUUUCAGCAUUCUGCCAAGGAAAAUGUCGAACCAAAAACACCUUUUAAACAAAGGAGAAACUAGCAAUAGCACUGACAUACUUGAUGUAGCAGCAGGACCCAAUUAGACAUUUUCUACGUAGAAUCAUAGAGUUGGAAGAGACCACAAGGGCCAUCCAGUUCAACCCCCUGCUAAGCAGGAAACACCAUCAAAGCAUUCCUGACAGAUGGCUGUCAAGCCUCUGCUUAAAGACCUCCAAAGAAGGAGACUCCACCACACUCCUUGGCAGCAAAUUCCACUGUCAAACAGCUCUUACUGUCAGGAAGUUCUUCCUAAUGUUUAGGUGGAAUCUUCUUUCUUGUAGUUUGAAUCC